AUGGCUGCCGAGGGGACAGCUGUGGCCGGAGGCGGGGCUCUUGGCGACCGGCUGGCCAAGGAAGGCUUGCAGCAGUCUCAGGGCCCGGACGCGGCCCCGAGCCGGCGUCGCGGCUUGUCGCGGUCGCGUGAGGCUGAGCGCCGAGCCUACCAGUGCGCCCGGGAGUACUUGCGCGGGGCCUGGCACCGAGUGCGGCCCGAGGAGCUGAGGGUUGACCCUGCGAGCAGAGGCCUCAGUGACCUGCUGUUCCGCUGCUCGCUGCCGGACCACCUGCCCAACGUUGGCAAGGAGCCCCGGGAGGUGCUGCUGCGGCUGUACGGGGCCAUUCUGCAGGGCGUGGAUUCCUUGGUCCUCGAAAGUGUGAUGUUCGCCAUCCUGGCAGAGCGGUCGCUGGGGCCCCAGCUCUAUGGAGUCUUUCCAGAGGGCCGGCUGGAACAGUACAUCCCAAGCCGGCCACUGAAAACCUGUGAGCUUCGAGAGCCGGUGCUGUCAGCAGAAAUUGCCACGAAGAUGGCCUGGUUCCAUGGCAUGGAGAUGCCAUUCACUAAGGAGCCCCACUGGCUGUUUGGGACCAUAGAACGGUACCUAAAGCAGAUCCAGGACCUGCCCCCCACUGGCCUCCCCCAGAUGAACCUGCUGGAAACGUACAGCCUGAAGGAUGAGAUGGGCAACCUCAGGAAAUUGCUAGACUCUACCCCAUCACCAGUGGUCUUCUGUCACGACGACGUCCAGGAAGGGACCAUCUUGUUGCUCUCAGAGCCAGAAGUCACCGACAGACUCAUGCUGGUCGACUUCGAGGACAGUAGUUACAACUACAGGGGCUUUGACAUUGGGAACCAUUUCUGUGAGUGGGUUUAUGAUUAUCCUCAGGAGGAGUGGCCUUUCUACAAAGCGCAGGCUGCAGACUACCCCACCCGGGGGCAGCAGCUCCAUUUUAUUCGACAUUACCUGGCAGAGGUCAGGAAAGGUGAGACCAUCUCCCAAGAGGAGCAGAGGAAACUGGAAGAUUUGCUGGUAGAGGCUAAUCGAUAUGCUCUGGCAUCCCAUUUCUUUUGGGGUCUCUGGUCUAUCCUCCAGGCGUCUAUGUCCACCAUAGAAUUUGGUUACUUGGAGUAUGCCCAGUCGCGGUUCCAGUUUUACUUCCCGCAGAAAGGACAGCUGAGCAGCUUCCUUCCACCUCUCAUCUUGACUCUCUAG